AUGGCUGAGGUCGGAAGUAGCCGACUGUCGAAUCCAAAUACAAAUCAAGAAGUCGAACGUUCCGGAUUGAUCACUGAAGGUACGGCACCACCUGGUUUGGCAUGGAAGCUUGUAACCCUCCCGUUUUCUAUCAUUUCUGGUAGUCUAGGUUUAAUUUCUGGUGCAAUUGGGCUUGGAUUGUGGGCGGCCGGUGGUGUUUUAUCAUAUUCUUUAAGUAAGAUUGGUCUUAACUCGGGACGGAAUGGAGACCCUUCUUCUCCACUGGUUUCGGUUUCGGCCGCCGCAUCAGAGGCGAUGGAUUUCGUGACGAAAUUUGAGAGGGAUUAUGGGAGUACUGGUCCGAAUUUCGUUCCUGAAGGGUUUAUGGAUGCUUUGCAGAGGUCUAGGCAUGCUUUUAAGCUGUUAUUUGUGUACCUACACUCGCCGGAUCAUCUAGAUACACCGUUAUUUUGUGAGAGGACUCUCUGUAAUGAGGCUCUGGCGGCAUUUGUGAACGAGAAUUUUAUUGCUUGGGGUGGGAACAUUAGGGCUAGUGAGGGGUUCAAAAUGAGUAAUAGCUUGAAGGCUUCAAGGUAUCCGUUUUGUGCUGUGGUCAUGGCGGCCACGAACCAGAGAAUUGCAUUGCUUCAGCAG